CAUUCUUUCACGUUUUUCUCUCCCCACCCAACAAACCAACUCCCUCCAAAGUCCAAACUACGAACACUGUAUCUCUUUCUAUCUCUCUGCAAAAUUUUCUGAGACAAAAUUUGCAAAUGUCCAAUUUCAUGUCCAACACUAAUCCGAACCCGAACAAGUCCUUCGAGGUGAAUCAGCCUCCCACUGAUUCUGUCUCCAGUCUCAGUUUCAGUCCCAAAGCCAACUUCCUCGUAGCCACUUCUUGGGACAAUCAGGUUCGUUGCUGGGAGGUAGCACGGAAUGGAGUAAAUGUCGCCACUGUCCCCAAGGCUUCUAUAACGCACGAUCAUCCAGUUUUGUGCUCUACAUGGAAAGAUGAUGGCACAACUGUCUUCUCUGGUGGAUGUGAUAAGCAAGUGAAGAUGUGGCCUCUAUUAUCCGGAGGCCAACCAAUGACUGUUGCCAUGCAUGACGCACCCAUCAAAGAAGUUGCUUGGAUUCCUGAAAUGAAUCUCUUAGCCACUGGAAGCUGGGACAAGACUUUGAAAUACUGGGAUACAAGGCAGUCAAAUCCAGUGCACACACAGCAACUCCCAGAGCGCUGCUAUGCUAUGACAGUGAGAUAUCCUCUGAUGGUUGUUGGCACUGCUGAUAGAAAUCUUGUAGUUUACAACUUGCAAAAUCCUCAGGUUGAAUUCAAGAGAAUUGUUUCACCCUUAAAGUAUCAAACAAGGUGCCUUUCAGCAUUCCCUGAUCAACAAGGUUUCUUGGUUGGAUCAAUAGAAGGAAGAGUUGGGGUGCAUCAUUUGGAUGAUAGUCAGCAGGGUAAAAACUUCACUUUUAAAUGCCACAGAGAGGGGAAUGAAAUAUACUCGGUCAACUCUUUAAACUUCCAUCCUGUACACCACACAUUUGCAACUGCUGGUUCGGAUGGUGCUUUCAAUUUUUGGGAUAAGGAUAGUAAACAGAGGCUCAAGGCCAUGUUGAGAUGCAACCAACCUAUUCCUUGCAGCACCUUCAAUAGUGACGGUUCAAUGUUUGCUUACUCAGUCUGCUAUGACUGGAGUAAAGGGGCUGAAAAUUCUAAUCCUGCAACAGCAAAGACCUACAUUUUCCUGCAUUUACCUCAGGAAUCUGAAGUCAAGGGCAAACCGCGCAUUGGUGUUACUGGCAGAAAAUAGAGAAGAUCCUGCUCCGGGAUAAUGGAAUAUGUAUAUAAUGGAGCCAAAGUAUAGAAGUUGAAUGGGCUGGUUAAAACUUGCAAGAAAUUAUCUACUAAUUAGUGCUAAAAAUAUGUAUAUAAUGUGUGGUUUGUUGUGUUUUAGCUGUUUUAAUAUCAAGGGCGUUUUGACUUCUACAGUGAAGCACCGAAAGUUUUCAUUGCGCUGUUAGACAUUGGAAGGUUUGUGUUCUUUUCUGUUUGAAUAAAUAAUUUCAGGAUAAUUAUUUUUACA